AAUGUAAAUACAAAGUGAACGAUUCAUAAAAAAAGUUAGAAACAACGUUUUAUGCUAACGAAAAAGAGUAAAGAGAGUUAUUAUGGCUGAGUCAAUAGUAAGUGAUUGGUUAACUGAGUAUGCAGCGCUGGAGCCGACUGAAAUCCAAUCAUUUAUUGCUGAUCAUGAAAACAACCAUGAAGUAUCAAGUGCACUAUUUACGAUAAUCAAUGAACGUCUCAAAUAUCCAGACGUGCUGCAUUCGAUAUGCAAUCAAUUGUUUAGUUACUAUCGUUCGAAUGAAGCAAAAUUGAAAAGUUUUACAUUGCAAUUUGUGCCAACGUUAAUUUAUACGUAUUUGAAUGCGGUGGCACAGGGUGAUAAAAAGAGUUGUCGUAGCAUUGAAACUCUUUUGUUGGGUAUAUACAAUAUUGAAGUGAGUACAGACGAGGGACAACCAAAGGUUGUGUCAUUUCGUAUGCCUGUAUUGGCACAGGCGUCCAUUUAUCAUGAAGAAAAAUGUUUAAAUGCGUACGAUUUACGACGCUGGGAAGAGAAUAGUAACAAAGAUGUAAAUUGGGGUCCAUUGCCACAAGUCGAAUCGGUUAAUGCACAAAAUCGCCUGAAAAUAAUGACUGCUGUUAUGUUUGUGUACAAUCAACAAUUGAGUUCAAUACCAAAAUCAUCUCUGUAUCAUUUGUGCCGGACGGCUUCACAGCUGGUGAAUCAGGGAUUUACCAAAUACGGGCAUGCACAUCGACCAUCGUACGGAAAUGAUCCAAACAAUACUAGUACAAUUACAGCAACGGCAACGUCUGCAUCUACCACAAAACCAAUACCACGUAUUCCGAUUUCAGCGCAAUUUCUACUGGAAUUGUUGCAUUCAACAUAUUUUGCAAUGUUCAAUGAAUUUGCAUCGAUUGCCAUUCAAGCGGUGGACGAUAUUCAUAAUCGUGCUUGUUACGAACUCUAUCCAGAGGUGAUAUUAGUUACGAAUGCCAUUAAAAAUUCACUACACGCAAAUGCAUCGGGUCAACCCAGUGACGGUCCAAUGGGUAUAAGUGUUGCACUAUCCACUUCCACUCAAACGGUCACUGUGUCCAAGUCAAUGAUCACGAACGCAUCAUUUAGAACAAAGAAAUUGCCAGAUGAUCUCGAAAUGGACUAUGUAGCCGCCUUAGAACAGCAUAUCCAUCGAAGUGGCAGUGUUGCCGAAACGAAUGAUCCAACAAUCGACACAGCCAAUAAUAAUAAUAACGACACUAAUGUGACUGAUGCAAAUUUCAGUCCAAAAGAGAUGCGUAAAUUUGAUUCAAAAAAACGUUGGAAAAAUUGGGGUUGGAAAUACAGUCCGGGUAAAAAUUCAAGCAUCGAAGAGGAACCAAUUGAAACGGCAUCAGCAAAAACAUCACGACAUUCAAGCCCAACCAGUUCACCAAAACAUAAAAAAUCCAGUGAUUCAUCGGCCACAACCGUUGUAUCUAAUUUAUUGAAUCAAUCGCCAUUACGGCGUCGUCCACAAUCUGGCCAAUCUACAUCGUCAACAGCACGCGGUGCAAAUGGCAAAACUAAUGUCAUUGGAAAUUCGAACGCAAUUCAGAACAAUGCAAAUGCACGCAACGAUAUUCGAUCAAGUGCAGGGGCACGUCUUUGUCAACAACUCGAAAAUUUGGACGACGACGCCAACGAUGAAUUUCAAGCAUUGCUUAUUAACGGUCGACCGGCCAGUGUUCACAUUGUUCCAAUGUCUUCACCACAACAACUAUACGAUAUUCCAAUUCAGGCAGGCGACGAAGGUGCCAGCGCUAAUAUAAGUCAAUUGAUCAGCAUAACCGAAGAAUCAGAAUCAGUGGCUACGAUCGAAAGUUUGGGCAUGCGCAAUAAUUUGGUGCGAUCUAGCAAAGAGAUUUUGAAAACGCAUAAAGUUCCAUUCCCUGGAUUUAAAAAGAAGGACAAAGAUAAGGAAAAAGACAAAAGUGAUGGAGUUAGUGCAACGGCUGGUGCAGUGACUGGCAGUGCAGGUGCUUUAAUUACGAGCGGCGGUGUCAGUGGCACUACUAAGACACAGUCGAAAAAUGGAAAUAUAAUGAAAAAAGAUAAACGAGGCUCGACUGUUGCACUACAGACGGCUAGUGUUGAUAUAUCAGAUGCUUCAAUGUACCUGGAAAAAGCAAGCCCAUCACUGCAGAUAAAACGGAAAAGUAGCAGUGUUGAAAUAACAUCGAAUGGGCCAAUAAAUAGCAUUGAUAUGGUGCCAUUGUCGACAUUUGCAAAUGGUAAUCCAGUGAUCAGUGAAGAAGGUAGUAAACCAUCACCGACCAGUGCGAAUGGUGAUUAUGUCGUCAUUGACAACAAUAUACCGGAUACAAAUUCUGAUUUGUCAUCUAUGAGCAAACCGGCCACCAUCGCUACAACAAACAAUAACAUACAAAUCAGUCAAGUAUAAGCAAAGUAAAUGAAAGCAAUCAUUAUAUGAAACAUUAAAAAAAAAAAUGUUCACUCAGUAAUUAAUUUAAGGAACAAGAAAGCCAAUCGCUACAGUCUAGUACGUGAAAAAUUGAUACAAAUUCUGAAUUCUAAAUAACAAAUUAUUAGAAAAAUUCAGGAACUAAAAUGUAAUCGUAAACAUUUUCAAUGUAAAACUGUGCUAUUUUUCUCUCAAUUAAUUUUUGGUAUUGUUUUUCUAUUUUUAAUCUUGUUGAUUAUCGAUUCUCUCCUUUUGUCUUUAAGUUUGGGUGUUAUUCGUUGAAUUUUGAAAAAUUAUACUUACUUAUCCUUUCCAAAUAACAGAGACAAAUUAUUGGACUUAAUUUUGUGCGUGAAAUGCAAUAUUAAAUAAAAUUAUUCUAAAACUUGUAAA